UUGGCUAGACGUCAUUAGCUCCGCCCUACCCCUUUUUUUACCCCAACAUUGUGCGAUAUUUUAUGGUAAAUGCUAUUUCAGAGCAUUUUCUUUGAAAAUAGGUCCGUAAUAACAAUGUUUAAAAAAUGAUCGAAAACGAAAAAAAAAAAAAAUAUUCGCAAUGAAUAAAACUAAUGAAUAAGGCGUGGCUUCGGUCGGAAGUUGCCAGCUAGGAUUUUCAAUUAGAUGGAGUGGUUAUACCUGUAUAAAAAUACCUUGAUAAUAAUGAUAAUAAAAAGUGAUAGUGAUAAUAAUAAAACUAAUAAUAAUAAAACUAAUAAUAACGAUGAAAAUAGUAAUAAUGAUGAUGAAAAAAAUGAUAAAAAAUCAUAAUAAUGAUAAAAUAAUAAUAAAGAGGAAAAUAGUAAUAAUUAUAAAAAUAUAAUAACAAGUAAAAUAAUAAUGACAAAUGAAAAAAAUAUUAUCAAUAACAACAUUAGCCACAACCAAAAUCAAGAACUCUCCUCUCUCAACCCUUUAGCCCAACCCCAGAAACCCACCAAGAGACAAAACUCGCCACAGCACGCGAUGCGACCCACGCUGAAACACAUCCUGACGAAGGGGGUGCUGGGGGCGGCGACGAAACCCCCCCGGAGGUCGCAGAUCACGCUGACCGCCGAAGAAGCACGCCCUCUGGAGGCUCUGCCAGGACCCACGCGAUGGCCUGUGCUCGGGUCUCUGCCCGGGCUACUUGCGCAUCCGGCCGCGCGCAGGGACCGCCUCUACCUCCUGACCGAUGCCCUCUUUCGCGAAUACGGCGACAUCUUUCGGAUCCAUCUGCCGGGUCAGCCUCCGUUGGUGUUUGUCUGUCACCCGGAUGACAUCGAGCAAGUUCACAGGGUAAACUUUGACCUCCCCCACCGCGACUUCUUCGUCAGCUACGGUCACAUGAGGUCACGCCAUAGCUUCUUCAGGAAGGGCCAGACUGGCGUCUUUACCGAACACGGCGAGGAGUGGCUGAGAGUGAGGAAGCGAAUCCAGCCUUACACGUCGAGGAUGAAGAAUGUUUCCUCUUACGUCCACCAGAUGGACUCAGUUACGCAGGAUUUCAUCGCGAGGUGGUCGACCUUGAGGAACGACAAGGAGGAGCUUCCCGAGGACUUCCUCCACCAGCUGUUCCAGUGGGCGUUGGAGUCCCUAGGUCUUGUGACGAUCAACAAGCGCCUCGGUUGCCUGGAGAGCACCCCUGAGGCCCUAAAGAUGAUCGCCAUAGCGGAUGACCUCGUGCGCGGCAUCCAUGACCUUGAAAUGGGGUCACUCGUUCGCUGGUGGAGGUGGAUCGACACUCCGGCGCUCAGGAGGGUCAGGAGAGCCCAUGAUGAGAUGUUUAGCUUCGUCCACGCGGCCGUCCGGGAAUCCCAGCUUUCGCUCCAGUCUCGAGGCCGUGACUCUGAGGAAACCUUGAACAUCGUGGAGAACCUCCUCCUCGAUCCCGUCUUGACUUACGAGGACGUCCAUGCCUUUCUUAUCGACGUCUUCUUCGCCGGGAUUGAUACGACCUCCCUCUCCUCCGCCUACGUCAUGAUGAGACUCGCGCAGAACCCGGAAAAGCAGGAGAAAUUACAGGAAGAACUAGACCGCGUUCUGGGAAACGGCGAGCAAGUCCUCAGUCCUCACCAUAUAAAGGAACUCCGCUACCUUAAGGCCUGUGUGAAGGAGGCUUUAAGGAUGGACCCGCCACUCAUCUGCGUUGUGAGAAAGACUACGAGAGAUAUGGUUCUGCGCGGCUUCCUGGUGCCAAAAGGGACCAACAUGCAGCUCUACACCCGAGCGUCGAGCAUUUGCGAGGAAUUUUUCCCGAGGGCGACCCAGUUCCUCCCCGAGCGGUGGCUGAGGGAGUCGGCCUCGAACCCCGUCCAUCCUUACGCCUCCUUGCCCUUUGGAGCCGGAGUCAGGAACUGCGUCGGGAGGAGGUUCGCCGAGCAGGAGAUUUAUAUAUUGUUGGCUCGGAUGUUCCACAAGUACCGACUGGCUUGGCGUUAUGGCCCUUUGAACCCGACACUUACUAUGCUCAUGAUGCCAGAUAAGCCUCUGAGGUUCACCAUGACGGAGAGACGAUGAGCCGAACCAGGGGACUGCUUUUGUUUUCUCUUUUUUCGUCGUUUCUUAAUACCAAUGCUAUUUCUUAUAGUGUACUGAGACAUGCAUAUGCAAAUGCACAUAUGCACAGGAAAAGGCACAGACACAGACACAGGCAUAGAUACACACAAAUAAGCACAGACACACGCGUACGCAUACGCGCACGUACACGCGCAUGCACACAACUAUCAUCCAUAUGAUUUACUUGCUGAGAGAAGCAUUGAAUAGUUAGUAGUCUGAUCAAGUUUAUUGAGCACAGCACCUUCUUCUGACGUGAAUGUUUAUUCAUUUGUUCAGCGAACUAGGUCGGUCUGUGUAUGGCAGCUAGUGGUUAACAAGUGCCUUAAAGAAAAGUGCUCUUGGAAAUUUUAGCAGGUUAAUAAUACGAACGAUUUAUUCCAUACUUCGAUUCAAACAUGAAACCUGUAGACUGUUUUGUUUUUUUCAUGUAUAAAGUGAUGUUUGUCUUGUAUUAAUUAUUAUGACUGUACAUAUAACGGCUGUAUUUAGAUAUAUUGCAUUAAGAGUACAAAAAACGUUUUGAUCCCGUUUUGUUUUUAAAUCAAACAAGAACUACAGGCGUUCCAUUUUGACACUUUUGUUUAGAAUUUCACAAUAGAAAUAUAUAUGAACACCAUAUCUCGCAGAAAAGGAAAUUUCAUCACUCUUGUAUUGUUGCCGAUUUAUAGGUAUUUAGCGUGUAAUCUAAUAAAAUGAAGCAGUCGUAAAGGUGUGUUCUCUGAAGAGGAUUCUCGACAUACUCGAAACGUCAAGGUUUAGUAUUUCCAUCAUUACUGUGGCUGUGCAUCGUUCCACAUGUUACUGUGUUUGUGUUCAUAUAAUGUUAUAUAAUUACGUGGUUCUUAAUCCCCCAAGUGUAGAUGUCUAUGUUGCAGAUAUAUCUACAUGCAGGCUAUGUACAAUAUACAUAUGUAGACGUAUAAUUAAGAAUUGUAAUAGCAUGGGUUAAUAAUGUAUCACACCAAAUGUAAGAAUAACAGUAAUUAUUGUCAUGACAGAUAUGAUGACCAUAAAGAUUAACCAUUAUUAGCCUGGAAAUGAUACUGCAGAUCCAUGACUCAAAGAAAUUUGUUCUGCAGAUGCAUAAUAGGAAUAUAGAUAAAUAAAAUCAUGGGAUAUACACACCAACGAUUGAUUAACACCAUCUAUUUACUUCCAUGUUUCUUACAUCAAGGUGAUAUGAAAUAGCCUAAUAAGCAUAAUGUCUUUUGCUUUAGAUUGGUGAUAGAGAUAGAGAAAAAACAUAAUUUGGAAAAUAGUAAUUUACCGCAAAUCUACAGAAGCUGAUCAAUUUUCUGUAACAACAGGGCUUAGUUUAUGUUUCCUGUAAUGGAGUUAUUUCCAGUUCCAAUAAUUUUUCACAUUCAAAGUAUUCGAUUUUCGGUAAUAUCUGUUUCCAUUCUGGUAAUGACACACAAAAAUCUGGUUUAUAACGAACGCAAACGGUUAUCACUGCAUGCUAACGUUAGUACACAAAACAGACAACUGAAGCCUACUUUGUUUUACUUCCCUAACGUGUUGAACCAACGCGUUAGGGAAACGAGCUCAGCUUGACUUUAGUGCAACAUUGUCAUCUGUUAUAAGUAACUUAUAAAAGUCUGUUUUGGGCGUCUAUUUCUGUUUAACGUAAUGGUUUAUUGUCUUGUCCUACUUGCAAAAUAUAAAGA